GCACCUUCGAGUUUCUCAAGUGCCGCCAAUGGGGCCGCCCAGAGGACCCCAGCAGCCCAGCUUAUGGGGAAUUCAGCAUAUCUUCUUCAGUACAACUCACCUGGGUUUAUGAGCCCGUCGGAAAUAUUCAUGCUAUUGUGCAUCGGAUGGCGCCGUCCAAUGUGGCUCUAUCGAUAGACCUCGGCCUCGCGUACACCAACCGCGACUUCAACGCUAUCGUCCUCAACUACUUGUAUAGUCGUAAUUCCUUCAUAUUCCACCUGUCCAACGCCGAGGUUGGAGUUGAGAUCAAGUCGAAUAACUUUCACGCGUGGCACUCCUACUCACGCAAGUUCGGUUGCCGCCAUACCUCAAACCCGCAGUCCUUCGCAGAAGAUCCCGCCUUUGGCCCGCUGGGUCAGCUCACUAGCCGGACCGCCAAAUAUCUCCGGUCUGUCAUGCUGGUAGUGUCGACGCCGUGGCGGUCGGUAGAGAAGCAGGGCGUACAUCAUCUCACGCCAAUUGUCGCCAAGGCUAUUGACAUUCUCCUUGGCUCGGGUAACGUCGGCAACGCAGCUCGGCUCGAGGAGCUAGACGUGUGUUUUAUUGCCGAGCCAGUGUUUGGCGGCAUGCCCUGGUACCAUAUCAUCAAAGGCCUCCAUGUGAAUUUCGACGAGAAAAAGGCCAAGAUGGUUGCCGAGUUCAAGCCGGAGCCCCUGCUUCACGCGCCGUUCCUCCGCCCUCAAGGCCCACCUUGCCAAACUAAGCUGCUGGCUCCGGCCAAACAGCUCUUCAGACUCUGCCGGGUCGGCCGCGUGUCGGUUUCUGGGGACAUAAAGGAGGGCUUCACGACACUGCUCCAGCAAACCAUUACUCGCAACGAAAACGGCGAGGCUAGGGAGAUCAGGCAAUCGCAGAGAACGAAGCGCGGCAGAUUGAACUAGGCGAGGUGGACAGGCCCAGGCGACGGGACGGCAUAACGAAGCGAAAAAAUAACGGCACUUCUUCCAGUACUGCCUUCGAUGUACAGAAGAUGCUGCUUGCCAAGCUGCCUCACUUCAACGCCGUGAUCCCUACCCCUGAAGAUGCGGCAGAUCAGCGGGCCUUUCCUAGCGUUGGAGCUGAGGGUAGUCAUGGAGAUAUUGACUAGCAGGAUAAGGCGAUCGUUUAUUUGGCAUUGAGAAUGACUUUCUGGCG